GGCCAUGCUGGCUACGGGCACUGGGUCUGCCCUGGACCCCGGGCGCGGUGGGGAGGAGCCUGCGCGGCGGAGCGGGGCCCCGACGCUCACCCGGCCUCCUGCAUGAUCGCGUUCUCCACGCCUGCGGGGCGCCGAUGGCGGCAGGGCGGCCGGAGGAGCUAUGGGAGGCCGUGGUGGGGGCCGCCGAGCGCUUCCGGGCCCGGACUGGCACCGAGCUAGUGCUGCUGACCGCCGCGCCGCCGCCCCCACCCCGCCCGGGGCCCUGCGCCUAUGCAGCACACGGCCGUGGGGCCCUGGCUGAGGCUGCCCGCCGCUGCCUCCAUGACAUCGCCCAGGCUCACAGGGCUGCAGCUGCUGCCCGACCCCCCCGACCCCCACCAGUGCCACAGCCGCCCAGUCCUCCUCCCAGCCCGCCCCGCCCAGGCCUGCCCAGGGAGGAGGAGGAGGAGGAAGAGGAGGAUGAGCCGACUGAGACAGAGACUUCGGGGGAGCGGCUUGGCGGCAGUGAUAAUGGAGGGCUCUUUAUGAUGGACGAGGACGCCACUCUCCAGGAUCUGCCCCCCUUCUGUGAGUCGGACCCUGAGAGCACCGAUGACGGCAGCCUGAGUGAGGAGGCCCCUGCUGGCGCCCCGGCCUGUAAUGUGCCCCCUGCCUCAGCCCUGCCCACGCAGCAAUAUGCCAAGUCGCUGCCCGUGUCUGUGCCUGUGUGGGCCUUCAAGGAGAAGAGGACUGAGGCACGGUCGUCGGAUGAGGAGAACGGACAGCCCUCCUCCCCGGACCUGGACCGCAUCGCGGCAAGCAUGCGCGCGCUGGUGCUGCGGGAGGCCGAGGACACCCAGGUCUUCGGGGACCUGCCCCGACCGCGGCUCAACACCAGCGACUUCCAGAAGCUGAAGCGGAAAUACUGAGGCCCCGGGAGGCCACGUCCACCCGCCCCCACACUACACCCCGCCCCGCCCCCAGGCCCGCCCGUCCACGGGCCUGGCCGGCCUCGCGGGUUCCCCGCCCUUCCAGCCCACGGGCUCCCAUGCCGAGAGGCGAGAGCUGCCCAGGCGUCUGCUGGGUCUGUUGCCCUCUUCUCUGCCCAGCGACAGAUCUUUCAAGGGCACCGAGUCGCGCUCUGGAUGGGAGUGUGGCUCGUCCUAAGCCUGUAAUGGAUCGACUCCGUCGUUUUUCUGCCUAGCGACAAUGUGUCGCUCGGCAUUGGCUCCAUCCCUGAAAGACUACAGCCAAGCUCCAGGAUUGGGUAGUCACUUUUGGCCUAGUGACUGGGCAGCGCUUUCAUUUGAUUGGUUUGAAUCUAGUCACCGGCUGGAUCAAACCCUGGGGAGUUACCCUCCGCCCUUCCUGAAUCCUUAAUUGGCUGCAGCCUCUUGGGGUGUGGUCAGGCGGCUCUCCGACCUUCCUGGAUCCUCAUUCCUGAUUGGCUGUGGCCGCUGGGAGGCGUGGUCAAGCCCUCUGGUAUACAGAAUCAGGCUGAGGCUUAGUUUGCCGUUUUUCUUUUUUACACUACUGGGGCUGGGCUCGCUUUUUGGCCGAGUCCUGACUAUUGUACCCCUGACCCCCUCAGGGAUGGCUCAGUCCGGUCCCUGCGUCCGACACCCCUCACUGGAUCCACCCCACAAAAGCUUGCCAAUUGAAGCCGGUCCUUUUAUCCAGGACGGCACUAGCUCCCGCCCCUCUCCCCACCCCCACAGGUGCCUUAAAGGCCCCUUGUCCACCCAAGGUGGGGCAGGGAGCCUCACUCUCCGGCCCUGGUGUGGGGGAGAGAGUGGGAGGAUCGGGAGUUAGGAGGGGCGCUCUUGAGAUUAAAGAGUUUGAUAAAUGUGA